AUUUUUUGUUAUUUUUAAUUUUAAAAGUAGAAUGUGCACGUUUUUUAAAAUAUUCAAACACUACAGGAGGAAAGUCAGUAAAAUACUCCGACGUUUUGGUUUAUUUGGCCUCACUGUGCGUCCAGCUCACGAACUUGUGUUUUGUAACAAUUCUUAAUUUUUUAUUACCUUAAACCCUUCAAUCCAAAUAUACGUUCAUUGUUCAAUUUAAUCUUCAAAAUACUUUGACAUUUAUUUUUUCCACUGUAUUUGAUGACUUUUUAAAUAGGGGAGAAAUGGUAAUAUAUGUGUCCGUGUUUUAAUUACGUGAGUAAGCAAAGUGGAACGCCAGCUGUUUGUAAUAACAGUAAAGUGAGCUGGCCUGUUUUUCACAUGAAUAAAAUAAAUUUCGGCUUAAAAAAUGAAAAAACCUCAAGCGCACACCGGGACGCCCCUCAGCAGCGGGACUUGGAGAACGUUCAGCCAACCGUUGGGAGCUUGGCCUCCUCCUGCGAGGCGGGAGCAGGAGGCCAUCGAGCCGCGGUCCUCCCGCAGUCCUAGAGCGACGCUAAAGUGAACCGCGGAGCGAGAGCCGGAGAUCAGCAAAGAGUUAAAGACGAUGCUUGAGAGCGUUUGGCCCUUCCUGCCGGUCGUUGGAGCGAUCUUUAAGUGUGGGGAAAAGUUUGUGUUUGAUUAGAGAUCACAAUAUGUGGAGUCAAAAGAACUAGAGUUUGAAUCCUGAUCCUAUCCAAGCUGUUUCAGCUAUCCUAUCCUUGGUCAUCUACCAGUUCCUUUGUGUUUGAGGCAGAAGUAGGGUAUCCCUGAGGAGGCAGUCAAAAGAAAGUUCUGCAGAACAGAGAGAGCAGUCUGAAGCUGGGGAUGGCGACAGCAUUGGUAACCACUCCUUCCCCGGCUCCUCUGAAUCUGAAGAAGGAGGGACUUCACUUAGUGAAGGAGGAUCACCACUCUACUCGGGAACAGGGUGUCAAGCUGCAAGGAAACGGCGCAGGCCUCGGGCAGGAGCCACUGUGCAAACAGUUCAGGCAGUUGCGCUAUGAAGAGACCACAGGACCUCGAGAAGCGCUGAGCCGGCUCCGGGAACUUUGCCGACAGUGGCUGCAGCCCGAGGCCCACACCAAGGAGCAGAUCCUGGAGCUGCUGGUGCUGGAGCAGUUCCUGACCAUCCUGCCCAAGGAGCUGCAGGCCCGGGUGCGGGAGCAUCACCCAGAGAAUGGGGAAGAUGUGGUUGUUGUACUGGAGGAUUUGCAGCCAGAACUGGGAGGAACAGAACAACAGGACCCAAACCAGGCAAAGAAACAGAAAAUGCUUGUGGAGGAGACGGCCCCUCUGAAAGCAGUGCUGAAGCAGCAGGUCCAGCCUGAGGGUGAAAUUCCCAAGCCCAAGAGACAGAAGGGUGAGGAGACAAGGAUUGAGAAUGGGAAGCUGGUUGUAGAGACAGACUCCUGUGGAGGAGUGGAAUCAUCUGGGAAAAUAUCUGAACCCAAAGAGGCUCAUUAUGAGGACUCUAACUUGGAUAGGCAGCAGGCCAAGGCCAAGGAGAAGACUGACUAUAAAUGCUCAGAAUGUGGGGAGGGGUUCAUCCAGCACUCAGACCUGAUUAAGCAUGAAGGUUCACACACGGGAGAAAAGCUCUGUGAAUCUGAAGUGUGUCAGAGUUCUAGUUUUACUGGACAUCAGAAAAUCCACUCCAGAGACAAAGGUCAUCAGUGUCAUGAGUGUGGGAAAACCUUUCAGAGAAGUUCACACCUUGUCAGACAUCAGAAAAUCCAUCUUGGUGAGAAGCCUUAUCAGUGCAAGGAGUGUGGAAAAGUCUUUAGCCAGAAUGCAGGCCUUUUGGAACAUCUCAGAAUCCAUACUGGAGAGAAACCUUACCUGUGUAUCCACUGUGGAAAGAACUUUCGGCGCAGCUCUCACCUUAAUCGACACCAGAGAAUUCACAGUCAGGAGGAGCCCUGUGAGUGCAAGGAGUGUGGGAAAACCUUUAGUCAGGCCCUGCUCCUCACCCACCAUCAGAGAAUCCACAGCCACUCCAAAAGUCAUCAGUGUAAUGAGUGUGGGAAAGCCUUCAGUUUGACCUCAGACCUUGUUCGACACCACAGGAUUCAUACUGGAGAAAAACCUUUCAAGUGUACUAUAUGCCAGAAAGCCUUCCGACUAAACUCACACCUUACUCAACAUGUGAGAAUCCACAACGAGGAAAAACCCUAUGAGUGUAAUGAAUGUGGAGAAGCCUUCAGGCAGAGGUCAGGUCUUUUUCAACAUCAGAGAUAUCAUCACAAAGACAGACUGGCUUGAUGAGGUGUCCUCUCUUUAUGGACCGUCAGAGACAGUACAUUAACAAGCAAGCUGGCACUUUAGGAAAAGUCACUCUAGCCAACUCUGGCAGAGAACUCUUGGGGACCAAGUUGGAGGCUAUCUGCCUCCUCUCUCUUUCCUUCGUUUUCCUUGUAGUCAGCUUUGGGCCACAGUAAUUUGACCCUAGACCCUGGGGGAUCAAAGAAUUUUAAAAUGCUGCUUGUUCUGGAAUUUUGAAAGUCAAAUCAGAAAAUCAGCUUGGAAGAGAUCAUGAUCUUCAUGUUGUGAAUGCCAAAAUGUCAUGGUAAUGAUGAAGAAUAUUAAGCUUAGGGAAGUCCACUUCUGAAUAUAUCACCAGGAUGAUAAACAUCAGUUGCUGAUUGGUGGUAGCUGCUUGGGGUACUUCUGACUCUGUCACAUGAGUGCGAAGACUGGUGAGCCCUCAUGUUUUGCUGAGGUUUUUGUUCAGCUGCAUAUAGUUU